CUAAUUAAAGCUUUAGAUUUCAUAAUCAUUCAAGUUUCACAAUUAUCCGCAACAAAAAAAUACAACAUGCCAAAUGAUAAUCAAAGUGUUUUAAUUAUAUUAGGUUUCCAAGAAACAUCUAAUUAUGAUUCGGAGUCUGAGUUAUCAGAUGAUGAAAAUAAAAGCGACAUAUCCGUUAAUACUCAAGAAAAUCAGGCAAAAAAUAGCUCUGAAUUAAUCAUAAAAAACAUACAAAAAAUUAUAUAUAACUCACUUUUUGAUUAUUGGGAUCACCUAUCACAAAUUUGCCUUAUUGCAACACUAUUAGACCCUCGGCUGAAAGAAAUGUCUUUUGCAAACGAAGAAAUUCGUAAUAAUGCCAUUAAUGAAUGUAGACAUCAACUUCACCAACUAAUGAAUAUACAAUCACCAACAUCAAAUGAAAAUACUACUUCACCUAGCUCAAAAAAUCUUUCUUCUAAUAAUAUGUUUAAAAACCUUAUAUUUG